UGGGCCUCCGGCGCGAGGUCUCCGCCGCGUUGGUUCUUGGGUUGCGCGGCGCGGCUGCCGGGUGUGCGGUCGGGCCGGGAGCUGGGAGCAAUGGCGACCUUUGUGAGCGAGCUGGAGGCGGCCAAGAAGAACCUGAGCGAGGCGCUGGGGGACAACGUGAAACAGUACUGGGCCAACCUGAAGCUGUGGUUCAAGCAGAAGAUCAGCAAAGAGGAGUUUGACCUGGAAGCUCAUAGACUUCUCACACAGGAUAAUGUGCAUUCUCACAACGAGUUCCUCCUGGCCAUUCUCACCCGGUGCCAGAUUUUGGUGUCUACCCCAGAGGGUGCCGGGUCCUUGCCCUGGACAGGUGGCUCCGCAGCCAAGCCCGGGAAGCCGAAGGGAAGGAAGAAGAUGUCUUCUGUGCGCCAGAAAUUUGAUCACAGAUUCCAGCCUCAGAACCCCCUCUCGGGAGCCCAGCAGUUUGUGGCAAAGGAUCCCCAAGAUGACGAUGACUUGAAACUGUGUUCCCACACAAUGAUGCUGCCCACGCGGGGUCAGCUGGAGGGGCGGAUGAUCGUGACGGCGUACGAGCACGGCUUGGACAACGUCACCGAGGAGGCCGUGUCGGCGGUGGUCUACGCCGUGGAGAAUCAUCUUAAGGACAUAUUGGCAUCGGUUGUGUCAAGAAGGAAAGCAUAUCGAUUGCGAGACGGUCACUUUAAAUACGCCUUUGGAAGUAACGUGACCCCCCAGCCAUACCUGAGGAACAGCAUCGUGGUGUACAACAGCUUAAUAGAAAGCCCGCCAGCCCUCCCUGCCUCUUGUGUCGGCCAGAACUCAGCCGCCCACCCGCACCCCGACGACGCGGAGCAGCAGGCCGCACUCCUGCUGGCAUGCUCCGGGGACACCCUCCCCGCGCCCCUGCCUCCCGUGAACAUGCACGACCUUUUUGAAGCUUUGCAGGUGCACAGGGAAGUCAUUCCCACGCACACUGUGUACGCGCUCAACGUCGAGAGGGUCAUCACGAAGCUCUGGCAUCCCACCCACGAGGAGCUGCGGCAGGACCAGGUGCACAGGCAGCGCCUGGCCGCCAAGGAGGGGCUUCUGCUCUACUGAGUCACCCCCUGCUCUGCCGAGUCACGCCGCAAACACUGCUUAUUGAGCAUUGAAUGUCUCGGGUCCACACUUCAGGACUGGAGUGGACAGUGUAAAUAUAGCCUUUCCUAUGGAAAUGGGACAUUGAGUACAUUUUGUGUUGCUACUGUGAAGCCGUUAGUAGAAAUCUGACUUCGUGAGGGACCCAUAUCUGUGUGUGGACGUGUCCCCGUAGGGUGGGCGCUGAGGAAGUUGCCUGCAGUGGGAAAGGCCAGGACCUGAGGUGCCGGGUCCUCUGGUCUGCGUGUCAGGUAGGUGACCUCCUAGAACAAGGACGCUCGCUGUUAGAGCUUUGCCCCUGUGACCUGCAGGACACCUGUGAGUCCAGUGGCAUCCUCUGCUCAGUGUCCGGCAGCCCAAGUUUCCGCCUGACUCCUGAGAAAAGCGUGCUCUUGGAAUUCGGUUGAAGUAACCUGCAGUGUUA